CCGAGUACAAAUUGUCUAUUAGUUUAAAGACAAUGGCGGUCUGUGAGGUGUGGUGUACGUUUUUAUGAGCUGCGAUCGUUUAAAUAUUUUUUAAUUAAUAAAAUAUGGCGAAAUUGUUGGUAUUGCCAAAAGCUUUUUCUUCCAUCCAAACGGUAAAUGCCGAAGAAUUAGAAAAUUUGUCGGAGAAGGAAAUUCGACCAUUGCUCCCGUGUUUAGUGCGAAUGGCAUUAUGUUCUCCUCUGGAUCAAAGCAGCGAAUGGUCGUCGAAAAGAAAAAUCAUUUUGAGACUCUUAUCGGGAAUUGAAUUGGUAAAUCAUGUGGUUGGUUUACUCUCCAUUGACUUUCAUGGUUUGGAGAUUGAUGUCAAGAAGGAACAACAGCUCAGAAUGAAACUUGGAGGCCAUUUAGGAGAAAGUAUUUUAGUAUCUUCUCUACAGAAUGGAUUGACAUUAGAAUUUGAGAGAAGUGAUGCUGCUAGAAAAUUACGUUUGCUUCUUAGUGAAUUACUAGCUAUUAUGUCACAGAUUAAAGAUGGGCGAGUUGAAGUUAAUGUAAGGCAAUCAGAACUUUUUGAUACAGAUAUAUAUCUUGAAGAAGUAUCUGAUGUUCUUUGUAUUGCUAAAGCAGAAUUACCAGGACUUUUACAAAUUACUGAUAUUGCUGAAGCUUUAAUACGUGUGAAGAAUGGACCAGGAUUACUAUGCCGAUUGGUUGCAAAUUCUCCUGAUUGUUUUAGAGAAGUUUGUUUCGGUUUAAUUUCAAAUGGAGAGAAACAAGAUGAAGAAACUGUUGGUGGAAGAAUAAGAAUGCAGACUUUACGUAUGCUGUGUCAGAUGAACAUGUCACAGGCAUUAACAAUUCGUGCAAAAACAGUCGAAAUGUGUUGCAUGCCAGGCUUGGCUGUCCAGUUAACAUUAGACCAUUGUCGUCACGAACAUGGUGAUACAACAGAUUUUAAUACAAUUGUGGGUGAUUUAGUUGCAUUUAUUAGUGGACUUCUGCUUGGAAGUGAUGAUAAAGUCAGGUCCUGGUUUGCUCAGUAUGUUCGAAAUUGUCAGAAGAGAACUGAAGAAGGAAGCUCAACAUUGCAUCAGUUACGUGAAGAAUUAUUGCAGCGACUACAAAAUCUUGUAUUGUUUAGCAUCGAUCAGCAUAAUUUACCUGAUUGCAAAGUAGUUCAAGCUAGUGCUUUAUUAAGGUUAUAUUGUGCUUUACGAGGAAUAGCUGGAUUAAAGUUUAAUGAAGACGAAAUCAAUUUAUUAUUGGAAUUGUUGACAUCACAUCCUCCUCCUAGUCCAGCAGGAAUAAGAUUUGUAUCUUUAGGACUCUGCAUGUUGAUGGCUUGUCCAUCUCUUCUUAAUACUGUUGAACAUGAAAACCGAAGCAAAAAGUGGAUUCAGUGGUUGGUGAAAGAAGAAAGUUAUUUUGGAAGGACAAGUGGAGUUAGUGCAUCAUUUGGUGAAAUGCUGCUGUUAAUUGCUAUACAUUUUCAUAGCAAUCAGAUCAAUUCCAUUGCAGAUUUGGUAUGCUCUACUUUAGGAAUGAGAAUUCCUAUUCGUUCUAAUAAUUUGGUUCGAAUGAAAACAAUUUUCACCCAAGAAAUAUUCACCGAUCAGAUUGUCACUGCACAUGCUGUGAAAGUGCCAGUAACUCCAAACCUGAGUCGAAAUACAUCUGGAUUUCUUCCAGUUCAUUGCAUACAUCAGUUACUAAAAAGCCGAGCAUUUACAAAGCAUAAGGUACCUAUUAAAGAUUGGAUUUAUAAACAAAUAUGCAAUACAGUUCCGCCACUCCAUCCAGUCCUUCCUGCUUUAAUUGAAGUUUAUGUUAAUUCUGUUCUUAUACCAAGUUCAAAGGGUACACAUGACACUACAAAUGAACCAAUCACCGAAGAAGAAAUUUUAUCAGUUUUUAAAAAUUCCGUGUUUAUACCCCAUGAUGUUUCACCAAAAAUUGGUAAUCAAAUUGACUCUGAAGCUAUGGAUGUCGAUAAAGAAGAAAAACCAGCUUCAUUGACAUCUCAGUUAUUACUGCUGUAUUAUUUACUUUUGUAUGAAGAUACUCGUCUCUCAAACAUGAAAAUGAUCAUAUCGUGUGGAAGAAAAGUUAAGAAAUAUACAUCCGAAUUUAUGUCUCAGUUACCAAUAUUUUAUUUAUUACAGCAAGCACAGAAAGAUCAGCAGAUGUAUGCUGGAUUAUUUUCGCCAUUAUUGAGGUUAUUAGCAACUAAUUGUCCACAUCUGUGUCUUGUAGAAUCAUGGCUAGCAGAAGAAGGAAAUAAAGUGGGUACUGAUUUUAUUACUAUACAAGGAAAGAGAAGAUGGCCUCCAUGUACUAAAGAAACAUUAGACAAAGCUUUCCAGAAUGUACAAAAUUGUCCAUAUAAAUUGUUACAGCAAUUAGAAUAUCUAUUAACUUUGCCAUUGUAUCAACUUUGGCCAUUUGCUCUACCUUUUGUGAAUAAUUUACAAAAAUUACUUGAACCCAACGUACCUCGAGAAAUUCUGGAAAAAUCUAAGCGGCUUUGGUGGAAAUUAAAUAGAGUAUUUCCUCGUCGUCUCUGGCUUAUAACAGUUAAUGCAUUGCAACCUCCUCGAUUUCCUUCUACGGUAGUUAAACCCUUAACCUUGGAUAAUAUUGUUUUAGAUCCAUUGCAUGUUUUAAGAUGUGAUGAAAGAAUAUUUAGAUGUGCUCCCUUAUUGGAAAUUGUUCUUCAUAUGUUGCAAGCUUUUUUAGCUGCAUCACGCACACAUUUGGCUCAUCACAUGUUAGAGCAUCCGUCAAUAGACAAAGUGAAUCAAGUUGAUACCGAUAAGAAUCGAGAAGAACUUCGCUCAGCCCUUGUUGCAUCCCAAGAAAGUGCUGCUGUGCAGAUAUUAUUGGAAUGCUGUAGGCCAUCUCCUGAAGAUAAAGAAAAAAAUGGCCUUUUAACAGAAUUACGUGAAGUUCAAAGUUUAAUUUGUUCUCAUGUACAUCAAGUGUUCAUAUCAGAUCCUCAUUUAGCUAAAUUAGUACAUUUUCAGUUAUCCCAAGUGAACAGCAUCCUGUCUUAUUUGUUCCUGCUCUGUCGGCACUAGUAAGAAUGUGUAAAGCCUUUCCUCCACUAUGUGAAGACGUGGCAACUUUGUUGUUGCAAUUAGGAAAAGUGUGUUUGUCUCAUUCUUGUGUAAUUAACAGCGUUUUGUUAUAUUGUCCAGAUUUUUCUUUAAAAGAAUCUGAUGGCAAACUACCAGAUGUAUUAGAGAGAUUGCCUUCUAAUUCUUAUCUAUCGCAAACUAUCAAAACAUCAUUCAGCAAACUUUGUGAUAUUGUUGUAUUUAAU